AUGGUGGAUGAAUCUGACGUCAAAUCAGCCUUAAACGGUCAUGAUCGUCCAUUCUCAAUCACUCUUGCCAUUGUUUUGUUAAAGAUUGUGUUUUUCAUUUACGACAUCGUCACUUUCAUUCCAUUCAAAAUAUUUGCGGACCCAGCGGAAAAACUCGAAAAGUCGGAGAGAGUCAAGGCGGAACCAGAGAACUCGGAUCCAUCUACUCCAUGGAAGAAUAUCAGUGCAAAAGAUGGUCUCAUGAACUCAUCUUUCGAGGGAAUUCAUGAUCUUGGAACCCAAUGGGAGGAAUGUGUCCGUCGUUACGGAAAUUUGUCAUGCAUGGGAACCCGCGAAGUUCUCAAAGUUCACAAGGAGAAACAAUCCAACGGAAAGAUCUUCGAGAAAUGGCAAAUGGGAGACUAUCACUGGAGAACUUAUGCUCAAGUUGACAAACGGGUUAACAUGAUUGCUUCAGGACUUACUAGUCUUGGACAAGAGGAGAAGGAGCCAAUCAUCUUGUUCGCUGAGACUAGAGAAGAAUGGAUGACCACUGCAUUGGCUUGCAUGAAAAUGAACUUCCCAAUUGCCACAAUGUACGCGACUCUUGGAGAUGAAGCUGUCCAAUUCGCUAUCAAUGAAGUCGGAGCCAAAACCAUUUUCACCACGGAAGCUCUCAUUUCCAAAGUGAAGAAAGCAAUGAGCAACGGAGCUACCUCCAUUGAGAACAUCAUCUUCUUCGACAGUGUGGAUCCAGCAUCCCGUGGAGAAUCAGUUGAUGUUGACCUUCCAUUCACUCUUCUCUCAUUCGACCAACUUCUUGACCGUGGAGAGCCACACCCAGUACCAAUUCGCAGCAAGAAAGAUGAUCUGGCAUUUAUAAUGUAUACUUCCGGAACAACUGGAAAUCCAAAAGGAGUCAUGAUUUCACAUCAAAAUAUUGUAGCUGUUACUGCCGGACAAGCUUUCAACAUCAUUCUUGGAACCGAGGAUAGAUACAUCGGAUACCUGCCACUUGCCCAUAUUCUCGAAGUCUGCGCUGAGAUGGUUGUCUUUACCAAAGGAGUCAGAAUCGGAUAUUCUUCUGCUCAAACUUUGUUCGACAGAGCUCCAAAGAUAAUGAAGGGUGAACACGGAGACUGCUGGGUCUUGCAGCCCACCCUCAUGGCUUGUGUCCCAGCUGUAAUGGAUCGUAUUUUCAAGGCAGUCAUUGAUGAGGUCAACGCUAACAGUGAACUUUUCAAACAACUUUUCAAGACUUGUUAUGAGAGAAAAAGAUCGAGAUAUGAGGAAGGAUACACUAGUUUCAUUUUGAACAAAUUGGUCUUCAACCGUAUCGGAAAACUUCUCGGAGGAAAAGUCCGUCAAAUUCUGUCUGGUGGAGCCCCAUUGAGUCCAGAAACCCAAAGAUUCAUGAAUAUCUGCUUCUGCUGCCCGGUUGUUCAAGGAUACGGACUCACUGAGACUUGCGGAGGAGGAACUAUUGCUGAUAUCCAUGACUUGUCAACUGGAACUGUUGGACCACCACUCACUUGCUGCGAGAUUCUGUUGCAAGAGUGGGCUGAGGCUGGAUACUCUCCAAAGAACGACCCACCACAGGGAGAAAUUCUUAUCAGUGGACCAAAUGUGGCUCUCGGAUACUUUAAUAAUGAGGAGAAAACUAAUGAAGAGUUUGUGAAAGUUAAUGGAAAACGUUUCUUUGCCACUGGAGAUAUUGGAGAGUUCAGAGAGGAUGGAUCCCUCAAGAUUAUUGAUCGCAAAAAGGAUUUGCUCAAGUUGUCUCAUGGUGAAUACAUUUCACUGGGAAAGGUUGAGACUAAUCUGUUGACCAAUCCAAAUAUUGACAACGUCUGUGUCUAUGGUGACUCGAACAAAAGCUUCCUGGUCGCAUUGGUCGUUCCAAACCAGAAGAACUUGACAGCAAUGGCCGAGAAACAAGGAGUUGACACCGGAGACUUUGAGAAGCUUUGCGAAGAUAAGAAGGUUGUGGAGGCAUUGCAAAAAGAGUUGGCCUCAUAUGUUGGUUCAAAGCUCCAACGCGUUGAAAUCCCACAAAAAAUCUUCAUCUGUCACGAACCAUGGACUCCAGCCUCCGGUCUUUUGACUGAAGCUUUGAAAUUGAAGAGAAAGAACAUUGAAAAAGCAUUCCGUAAGGAACUCGAUGAGCUUUACAAGUAA